AUAAAAUUAAUAUCAGCCAACAUUAAUAACUAAUUAUUGAUAUGUCAGUUUUGGAAUAAAUGCUUAGUUUAUAUAUUUGUUAUGUGCACGCCGCCGGUGUAGAAAGUUCAUCUGAAUAAAGUAAGAAUAAAGCUGGUGUUAAGAAAUUAUACAUUUCAUAUUUAUUUAAACCAUGUUAAAAAUAUUGAGAAAUGCUAUUCGUUCGGAAAGGGUCCGACAUAAAUGCAAGAGAGUUAAUGACUACAGUCAGCAGACAACACAAACCCCAUAUCAAAAGAUACUAUUCUGUGGAAUUCAGCCUACGGGAGGUGUACACGUAGGCAAUUAUUUUGGUGCUAUACAAAGAUGGACUAUGCUGCAGAAUUCCAAAGAUAUGGUUCUAUGCAGCAUAGCAGAUCUUCACUCAAUCACUUUGCCGCAAGAUCCAAAACAGUUGAGGGAAAAUACUUUGUUAAUGACCGCUACUUUAAUAGCCUGUGGUAUAGAUGUUAAAAGGAGCAUUAUCUUUCAACAAUCCAAAGUAUCGAUGCAUGCAGAACUCUGCUGGGUUCUAGCUUGUAUCACAACCAUGGCUAGGCUGGCACACUUACCACAAUUCAAGGAAAAGAGUGAAUCCUUGAAGAAUGUUCCACUAGGUUUAUAUAUUUAUCCCAUAUUGCAAGCAGCUGAUAUAUUGCUAUACAAAGCAACAGAUGUCCCGGUAGGACAAGACCAGGCUCAACAUAUACAGCUGGCACAGGAUUUAGCACGAAUAUUUAACAAAAAGUUUGGAAUGACUUUCCCGAUACCACGUGUCCUUGUUAGUGAUGGUCCAAGUCAGAGAAUCAAAUCUCUGCGUGAUCCCACGAAGAAAAUGUCGAAAUCACAUCAAGAUACUAGAAAUAGAUUAGAUAUUUUAGAUAAUCCGGAUGUACUGUUGGAGAAAGUGAAGAAGGCUCUGACUGAUUUCACCUCCGAAGUAACUUACGAGCCAGAAACACGGCCGGGAAUAGCUAACUUGAUUAAUAUACACUCUUUAUUUACUGGAAAGACACCAGAUGAGAUAUGCGAGGAAGCCAUAGAAUUAAAUACAGGACAGUAUAAAUUAGUCGUGGCAGAUGUGGUUAUAGAAAAAUUAACUCCGAUUCGGCAGCAAAUAUUGAGAUUGCUCAAGGAACCCGCAUAUCUGGACGAGAUCUUGAAGGAAGGCUCAGAUAGAGCCACAAACCUCGCGACACAUUGUUGGACGGAAGUUACAGACAAAGUUUUUGGUAGUAAUUCAAUACAGAAUGCAAAGAGUAUAAUUACUGCGGAUAUCACGAUAUAACCAU